AUGCAAUCUUCAAACGGGGAAACACCAGAGAUCCCCGCGCUUCCAACCGACGUUACCUCGUGCUCAGCCCUUCGAAGCGACGAAAGAUCACGGCGAAAACUCGACAUCGGCCGUUCAGCGAUGCCUAAAUCUCAAGCGAGUAAGAAGUCUCCUGCGAAGGGCCUUGAUGCCUCGAAGUCAAACACAAAGGCAGGAACACCAGCUCCGUACGAGUUCAGCGGGCGUGACUCGAUCAACAUCAGCUCGUUCGACCUUGCGCAAGUUCAGGAAUCGCUGGAGCACUCCGAUGUACCUUCAAUGCAACCGCAGCUCAAGUCGCCCAGACCAUGUCCUCGACAAUUGAAUCAUCCCAUGCACUGGCAGCUUUCACAGCAUGAAUUCUUGAUCGCGCGCCACAAGGCUUUGCGGUCAUCAGCGCCUUCUCAUACGUCCACGUUACCUGCCCUCGAACCAACUUCGAAAACUCCCGAAACCCUUCCGCUCGAUGAACCAGCCGGCGAUUCACGUCCCGCGUCGCCCGGCGAGAGCUCGUCAGCCUCUAUGAAACCUCCCCUCCCAGAAAUCCGUGUAUCCCCUCCCGGAGAGCUGAACGAAGCCCCCCGUCAAGCCCCCCCUCCGAUCGAACACCCCGCC